ACCAGGUCGCGAUGUGGAAGAUAAUGCCACGGUGACAUCGGGAGGAGGAGGAUGGUCCAGUUCAUCAUUACAGCAAUAAUGCUCCGUUGCAUUUCGGUAAAGGUGUUGUUACUUGUUCUAAUGCACAGUGACAGUACAUUCGAAAGACCGAUCGUAAACGGAUUUGAGCCGGGAUAUCCAGAACAGUUUCACUUUGCCGUGUCACUGCAACGUGUUCUCGAAAAUGCAGGAAACAAUCGGACGCACUUUUGUGGUGGAACGUACAUCGGUAAUCGGUGGAUUGUGACUGCCACUCAUUGCAUUACUGGUUUUGAAAAUAAAACUAUCGUUGCCUACAUUGGAGGGCACACGCUAAACACCACCGAAUCUAGAAGGAUUUUUCCAAUUGAAGAAACUGUCAUCAAUCCGAGUUAUAACCGAGUUACUCUGGCAGGCGAUAUUGCCCUACUCCGUAUAGUAGAACCCACCGAAUCUGACGACCAAUUUCUUGAAUUACUAGACAAUAUGAUAGAGAGUACACUUUUAUUACCGAACAGGCCUUUAACCGGCAGUGGCACCUAUAAUUCUAAUGUCCUUAACGUAAUCGACGACCGAGAGGGGGAGGGGCACGAUAAUGACGAGUACGGCUCUGAAGAAUGUCAUAUUUUCGGCUACGGGUCCGCCACGUAUUACGGUCCGGGAAGUGAUACCUUACAGUACGGUUCCGUUCAACCGCUCAGUCACAGAGAGUGUAGGGAAAUGCUAGGGCCGGUGCUAGCUCCGGCAACGGCCAAUUCUGGAAUGUUUUGCGCUAUUGGAUACGCCGAUGCUUGCAAGGGAGACUCCGGCGGAGGAUUGGUAUGUCGACCGAGGUUAUCUGCGCCGUCGAAGGAAGAAUCACUCGAUGAAAGUAGACCGUACUCACUGCGGGGGAUUAUCUCCUACGGGGCUGGAUGUGGUCUUCCUGCGUCACCCGGAGUCUAUACCGAUGUGGGUUUUUAUUGGAAUUGGAUUCAGGAGCAAAUUUUGCUCUGAAUUAGGUAAACUGUGCUGAUUCACUAUCAAUAAAAUAAUGCUUUUUUUUGGCCUAGAAUAGCAAAAUUAGAUGAAAAAUACAAAAAACAAAAUCGUCAA